UGUUUUGUCUUCUGUGUCUCUCCCCUCGAUGCGAACUAUUUCACUGACAGGCGCCACAUUAGCGGUCAUGUUCUCUCUCACUUCCCCUCUCCAUGUUCCGUCCGCCUACUGAAAUAGCUAUUGCUCAUGCUUCCUAGUGAUAUCGUCUCAACCGUGGAUCAUUGCGCAUCACUCAUUUCAAGAUGCACCACCACCAGGAACCUAAAACUGGGCAUGGCCCUGCACUCACACCUCAUCAAAACAGCAUUUUUCUUCAACCCCUUCCCAAUCAAUGCUCUCAUAGACAUGUACUCUAAAUGCAACUCCGUAGAAAGUGCCCAAAAGGCCUUUGAUGACCUUCCCUUCAAAACUACCCGUUCUUGGAACGUCAUGGUCUCCGUGUACUCUGGAAGAGGUCUAUUUAGUAAAGCUCAUAAACUGUUUUAUGAAAUGCCAAGACCAAACCUUGUUAGUUAUAACUCGUUGAUAUCUGGUUUAUCCUAUCAUGGUUUUCACAAAGAAUCUAUUCAUUUCUUUCUAGACAUGCAGAAGGAAUAUCAUUGUUUAACCAUGGAUGAGUUCACUCUAGUCAGUGUAGUUGGUGCUUGUGCCUGCUUGGGUGCUUUAGCUUUAUUGGGCCAAGUUCACGGAGCAGCAAUUGUUUUAGGCUUAGAGUUGAACAUUAUUAUUCAUAAUGCCUUAGUUGAUGCUUAUGGAAAAUGUGGUGUACCCAAUACGUCAUAUUCUAUUUUUAGUCGAAUGCUGGUAAGGGAUGUUGUGUCUUGGACUUCGAUGGUGGUUGCUUUUUCUCGGGCAUCUAGACUGAAUGAUGCUUGUCGAGUAUUUAAUGAAAUGCCAGUUAAGAACACUGUCUCUUGGACUGCUUUGCUUUCAGGGUUUACUCAAAAUGGUCGUGCGAGAGAAGCAUUGAUUCUUUUUCAGCAAAUGCUGGGAGUAGGAAUCUGGCCUGUUGCUCAUACUUUUGUUACCGUUUUAAGUGCUUGUGCGGAUUUAGCACUUACUGAAAAAGGUAAGCAGAUUCAUGGGCACAUCAUUCGAAGGAGCACCAGUAGCAACUUUGUUAAUGUGUUUAUGCUGAAUGCUUUAAUUGACAUGUAUUGCAAGUGUGGAGACAUGAAAUCGGCUGAAACAUUGUUUGAAUCGAUGCCUGGAAAGGACAUUGUCUCUUGGAAUUCAGUAAUAACUGGUUUCGCUCAGAAUGGGCUUGGGGAAAAGUCACUUCUUCUAUUUCAGAGAAUGAUAGAAGCAAAGCUAAAACCAAAUGCCGUCACAUUUCUAGGGGUGCUAUCUGCCUGCAGCCAUACUGGUCUGGUAUCUGAAGGAAUCAAAAUUCUUGACUCGAUGGAGAAGGACUAUGACAUAAGUCCAAGACCGGAGCACCAUGCAAUCUUGAUUGAUUUGCUUGGGAGGAAAAACAGACUCGAGGUAGCAAUGGAGUUGAUUGGGAAAGCGACUAAUGGCUCGGAUCAUGUUGGGAUGUGGGGUGCAGUAUUGGGCGCUUGUCGAGUCCAUGGGAAUUUGGGUCUUGCCAGAAGAGCAGCAGAAACUCUGUUUGAGUUGGAACCCAGCAAUGCUGCAAGAUAUGUUAUGCUAUCAAAUAUUUAUGCUGCAUCUAGUAGAUGGGUUGAUGUCAAUAGAGUGAGAAGGCUCAUGGAGGAGAGAGGUUUGAAGAAAGAAGUGGCUUAUAGUUGGAUUGAGGUGAGGAAUGCAAGACAUGAAUUUGUGGCCAAAGACAAGUUACAUAGUCAGAUAGGAGAGAUAUAUGAAGUGAUUUGGAAGUUGGUAGAUCACAUGAAGGAUGCUGGAUAUCAGCCUUAUAUCGACAGUAUUUUUCUUCAAGACGAGGAUGAUGGCCUUUCUCGAUUUUAUUAAUUACGUGAGAACUUGCAAAUGCAUGGAUACUUAUCGCCACUCGCAUCUUAAUUUAUCAAAAACAUUGCAAAUGCAUGUAUGCAAGCCUACUCAACAAGAUUAAGAAAAAAAAAAAAAAAAAAACUUUAGCCAAAUGUCACAAUCGUUUUAGUAUGAGCUGGAGGCGCUGAGGUGUGGCAUCCAUUGCAUAGAAGAUCCAUAUUUACUGCCGAUUCAAACCAUG